AAUACUUGCGUAUCCAUAGUAACCAAUUUGAAAUUUACGGAUUUCUUUAAUAUUUAUUAAAUAUUUGCUGAAUUUAUAUUAAUUAUUUUUAUGUAUUAUAUUAUGACGCAAUGGGGGAGGAAUUAGCAAAUUCUGAUGUUCGAGUUGUAUUAAAUAUAAAGGAAGGCAAAGGUUUUGAGCAAAUCUUACUACCUACAUUAAUUGUUGCAACUUUAAAUGGACAUUCUUUAGAAACUGAAAUAAUAGAACCAAAUCCAAAUCCUGAAUAUGAUCAUGAUUUGGUUUGGGAAGUAGAUAAAAAUAAAUUACGAAAGAUGAGAUCAGGGCAAGUUCCACUAAAAUUAGAAUGUUUUGCCGUUAAAAGCAAUGACAACAAAGAAAAAUUAGGAUAUCUUUUACUUAGUUUAAGAUCAGCCCAAGUUUUUACCAAAUGGGAUGCUAAUAAUGUAAAACGUAAUUGGCAUAAAUUAUUAGGUUUGAAAAAUGAACUCAAAAUACAUAAACCUGAAUUACUUCUUGGUUUAAGUAUUCAUGAUCUGGAAAAUACAGCAGAAAAUGCUCAAUUAGAGUUAAAAAAUUUAAAAGAAUGUCAACAAAGUAUUCAACUUAAUAAAGUAACACCAAUUUUACUUCGCAAUGAGCGUCUUAUACAAUUAGGUCCAUUAAAUAUUUGUCAUGAAUUAUUUUUAAUGAAUAUUACUGCUAUAUCUGCAAUGCAUGUAGAUUCAUUAUUACCAAUGAAAUAUUAUACAGAUAUGAAAAAUAAUUUGUAUUUUUGGUGUAAGAUAUUAGAAAAUGAUGUAUACUUUAAUCAAUCAAAAAAGGAAUAUGGAGAUCUUUGGGCACUCAAUGAAAAAAUUGUAAUAAGGAUCAGAAGUUCAUUAAAAAUUUUCAAAGAAUAUUUACAAUUAAAACCGUUUCUGUUUAUAUAUUUGAAAUAUAAAGAUAAUAUACUAGGUCAAUCAGAAAUAAAUUUGCAAUCAUUAAUUCCUACUGAUAGUAUUGAAGAAUUUCUUAAAAUUACUGAAAAUAGUAGUAGUAUUUUAAAUCAACGAUGUUACUUAUGUAAAACAAAUUUUGUUGAAAAUAAUGAAAUAGAAAAAAUUUGUAAAAAUCCAUACCUUGAUUUACAAUUAAAAUUACAAUAUGUAGGUAAAACAAAUGUAGGAAUGGAUGUUUCUAAUGCAAUGAUUAAUGAUUUAAUCAUUCCUUUAUCUAAGGAUAUAAACUUAAAACAAAAUUAUAGUGAAAUAGAUUGUCAUAGAAAUCCUGCUGGUGAUUUUGGAAAAUAUAUUAAUGGAAUUCAAACUUUUACUACUUCAAAUGAAUAUGAUAAUAUAAAUAAACAUACUAUAGAUUAUAACUUUAUAAAGGAUCAACCUGUUAAUGCUAUUUGUUCACAUUCAGUUGACACAUUCCUAUGUCAACCUAAUAUUAAUAAUUAUUCUAAAAGUGUAGAAGCUUAUCAUUCUUAUUAUUUAAAUAUUUUAUUAAUAGCAAUUAAAGCAAAAUCUUCAAAAUUAACAGUACCAAAUAUGGAAAUUCGGUUUCAUCAUCCAAAAACUGGAGUUACAUCAACAUUUCAUUUAAAAUUAUCCUUUUCUUUAGGAGAAAAAGUAAAAUUACAAGAUAUAGGAUGCAAAUUUCAAUUUAUAUCGGCAGUAGAUGAAAUAAAACAAUUAUUAUUAUCUUUUCCACCAAAAAUUAGCAUAUAUAAAAUAGAAGGAAAUGCUAAGACUUGUAUAUGCCAACUUAAAAUUAAUGCAAAGGAAUUAUUUUGUCCAAAUAAGUUUAAUAAAUAUAUCUCAGCCUGAGUGCCAAUAUGAUAUACCAUUAUAUGAUAUGGAACAUAAUAGUAUUGGUAAUUUAGAUGUUUUAUUAAAUUUAGAAGAUCAUGGUCCAUAUUAUAGAAUUAAAAGAGUUAUUCCUAAUGAAAAUUUAGGCCCACCAAUCUUUGAUGAUACUUUAGCAUAUAAAAUAGUAGAUGAAUUAGAAACUUGGAAAGAACGACAAAUGGAAAUAUUUAAAGUUGAG